AUUUUUUUCGUAAAAUAAAUAGAACUUAAAUUUUACCAUAAUCAUUUACAUAUAAAUUUUGAUCACAUUUGAAUAAUAACGAAAAAGAAAGAUGUCCGCCCUAAUUUUUUUUUAAAUUUUUGAAUUUUUUUUAUUUAUCAGGAUAUUUUCCAUCCAUAGACUAAUCCUUUGAAGUUAUUAAAUGAUCCUUCAAAAUGUCGUAUUAAAGAUCGAAUGAGUUACAUGCGCCUUACGACAGUAACGAGUAGCAGUUAUUAGCAACAUAUAUUGCUAACAAAAAAUAAAUAAAUAAAUAAAACCAUAUAUUAACAAUAACUUGUUGGUUGUGGUUGUGGAAGGCUAUUGAUGAUUGGUGAUCCAAUAGAAUAGGGUUUUACAAGGGUUUUGGUAUUGAAAAAUAAUCUUCAAAAAAACUUAUGCUACCUGGGGAGGGAGCUCCCCUUUUAUCCAUUUCGCUUUGCUUACUGGUGACGUGUAAAGGCCUCUCCGUGAUUGGGACACGCGUCUCUGACAUACAGAUUCGGGUGUACGAGGGUAUCAGCCGCCUGCUCCAUGCGUAACGACCUCUGAUUCUCCUCGUGCGUACGUUCGAGCGGAUCUGCCAGGCUGUCUGAGUAGGGCUCUGGAUACUGGGUUGGGCCGAGAGUUGGGCCGGACGCUGGGCCCAAGAGGAGAGGACCUGCUUCGCGUGGGCUGGACCGACCUGAGUGAAGAAGCUUGAUCGAGCCCGGCCUUGAAGGAUGAAUGAGUUGGGCCUUUGGCUGUGGUCAAGGCCCAGGACCGGGGUAAAGAAAUCCAGUGGUCAUCAAUUGCCCCUUCACCUUCUCGGUAGUUAUUGCUUUCAACUGCCGAGGGGGGGAAUAUCAAGAACCAUUAUGACCGCGUCUGUUCGUGUUCAGAUGCCUUCAUAACAUCCUUUCAUCUUUCUGUCGUUGCGCAGUUUUUGAAUCUUAUCUGCUUUUUCCCCUUUCUGGCUUUUCUCUAUUCUCCGUGUCCUCUGUUACCUUUGCUUUCUUGUCGUCAUUAUCUGGACAUGUCCUUUCUUUCCUAUCCCAUGAACAUCUGUCAUUGCUAACUUAGAGUCUAAUAUAACUCUAUCUUGUGCUAGGGCCUCAGACUUCCGGGUAUAUAUCAACGCCAGCUUUUCUUCAUUCUUGGACCCUCUGUUGGAGUAAGGGAUUCUUCCGUUUCCAGUUUUCUGUCUGCUUCCUUCUUCCGACGAGAUUGUCCUGUUUUAUCUGCGAAGGAUCCAUUUGACGCCUUCUCCAAAUGGCUGGAGUACCUGAGAUAAAAAUGGGUCAGCUCAAAAUUUUUAAAAAUUGGAGGUUACCUCUAAGGAGUCUGAGCGUUGUUUUGGAGGUCCUUCUGGUAGGGAGGUCGACGGUUGAGACCAUUCGGCAAGUCGCUGGAACUAUUUCACCCAGGUCGUCUGGCCGGCCUCCUCCUUUGCUUGUUGUCCGGAUUCCGAAGAGGUUUUGGGGUGUUGAGGGGUUUGCUCUAAUUUUACCUUUCUUCGGGAGAGACAAGGAAAUUUCCCCGAUGCCCCUGUUAUCUGCUUUUGAUAUAAAUGGAAGUGGUGAAAAUGCUCAACUUAUUGUUCCCUUUGGUGUGAAGUACCAGUAUUAUGCGAGGUUGAGAUCUGCUGCAUUCAGUCAAGCUUCUGGCGAUACCUUCGAAUGUAUGCUCAGCGAUCUCCUUGGAGCCGUAACUAGAAAGCCUGUGUUUUCAUGGUACAUACGGACAAGCUCGGAUAUUAUAUCCUGUCCUUAUGUAUCGUGAAUCACAUCUGGGCAAUCAGGGUGUCGACCUAUUAUAGGGGAACAGUGAGAAAUACUUAUGGGAAUCAACUUGUUCAAUUCCCUUAUAAUAGCGAGACAGAUCUUGGCCUUUUCUGCCAAACUCACAUUCUGAGCUGCGAGAGUUCCUCCGAGCUGAAGAUUAGAGUAGUGAGGUAGGUGAUGACGAUGUAAUCGAAGAUGGUGAAGUAUCCGGACAUGUAAAUCCUUUAAGGAUAGUCUUCCAUUCUGUAGGCCCGGACAUGUAAAUCCUUUAAGGAUAGUCUUCCAUUCUGUAGACUCGGACAUGUAAAUCCUUUUAAGGAUAGUCUUCCAUUCUGUAAUGUACUUUUCUUUUAAUGAAAUUCUUGUUUUUCGUUCAUACUUGAGCUUGUUCUUUUCUUUGUCGUGGAUGGAGUACUGAUACUGCUUUCUUCAUAGCCUUAGCCAACUAAAUUUUAUUUUUUCCGAGCUGAACUGACCGUAUUUGUGAGCUUUUGCUUUUGAUCAAUGAUCUGAACUCCGGAUCCACUUAGCCAACUGAGCUUUCGCGUUACUCUUUCUGAGCUGGACUUACAGACCUGUGAGCUCUGUCUUUACUCGAUGGGUUGAGCUUUGAAUCUCUUUAGUCAGCUAAGCUCUUAAGUUACGUUUUUCGAACUGGACUGACCGACCUGUGAGCUCUAUUUCGGUUUACUUUUUCCGAGCUAGAAUGCCGACCUGUGAGCUCUACUGUUAUUUCAUAAGUUGAACUCUGAGCCCUUAGCUCUGUAUGUUUCCGAGGUGCCCUUGUUGCCUCCGAUCUCGCAGCAUUUGUUCAAUAACAAUCGAAUCAAAUCUUAUAACUUUUUAAGUGAGAAGCAGGUCUGACUUUUAUCAUGCUCCCACCUGUUUAUACUUUUGAGUCUUUUCAUGACUUGCCCCUCUAUUUCCUUGGUAUUUACCGUGGAAGUGGUGAAGUGGUGAAUCUGGCAAGUUGAGUUACUGUGACUGACGAGUUGGGCUUGUAUUAUGUAGAUGGCAAAUGGGCUUAUGUAGAUGGGCUGUCAUUGUGGACUUGGCCUUUGACGGAUGUGGAGAAGCCCAGCGAUCAUCCUUUUGCCCCUUUACCUUCUCGCUGGUUAUUAGAUAACCGUUGAGAGGGUAAACUUCGAGAGUAAUUAAUGAUCGCGCCGCUCCAAGGCAAAACUGUUCAGA